AUGGCGCCCAUCUCGGUGACCGCCGUCCCUCCGCCGACUAUCCCCAAGGCGAAACGGCCGACCCCGGCCGGCGUCCAGAACAGCGGUGCCAGCUCCAUCCGGUCAUCGCCAUCACCAUCUCUCACAUCCAAGAAGCCACCUGCCACGGGCAAGUCUGUCGCGUUCGGUAGCGCGUCCACAUCCGGCCCCAACGGCAUCACAGUCACACCCGUGCGCCCUCCAAAUCGGCCACCACGUAUGCCCCCGGUGCAGACAAACGGCACCGGCUCCGGGCCUGGGGGCGAUUCCAAAGUCAAUGGGACGCUCCAAGUGACUGGUCCCAAGGUCGACCCAUCAGCCGCCUCGGAAGCCAGACCAUAUGUCAUCACCGACCGGUACAUUCUUAAGAAAUUCCGCCACAAUCCUCCAUCUCUCGUUGUCCACCUGUAUGCGGCACAUUUCCGCUUCGACCAGCAGGAUGGCAUUUUCCCCUACAAAUCGCCAAUGCGCAUUUUCUUGGAGCACCUCAAGUCGCGCACCGUUCCUCACGACCUGAUCGGUGUCUUGACCAGCAAUGGUGUCCCCUUUUACGAAGGAUGCCUGAUCGUGCAGGUCUACGACCAUAAGUCCGUCGCGCAAACUAAGGAUGCUAACCGCCCUGCACAACAAAAGAACAACUCGACACCCUCUUCCAUUCACAACUACGACCCUUACGUCACGCCAUCCGGAUUCGUUCCAUACCCCAAGGACAGCAUCGUCUCCGAAGACAAGAACGCUUCAAGCCCUGCUGAUAAGAAGGCGAAGGAGAAGUCGCCAGGGGACUCCGCUACCGACAUCAAGGAUAAAGACAUGACGAGUUCGGCAUCCAAUGGCCUCCCCGAGACCCAGAAGAGCCAAGCGCCACCCAAGCCAAGGAUCUUCACAGUUGUCUUGAAGCCGACGCAGGAAAGCAUGCACGCCGACAUGGCCCUCAUGGCAAGCACGCCGCGCAAUGCGACGGAAACCCGGGACGCGAACGGCAUGACCUACAUCCCGCCACCAACACCCAUGGCAACAGCCGCCGCGAAGAAGCCGAAGCGUGAACCGAUGCAGCUCGACAGCUCCAACAUUCCCGAAUUCGAGGCUGAGAUCCUGCUCGCCAACUACCCCGAGCUGGACCUGGAGCCGGUCACGUCGGCGGCCGGCAUGCGCCGCAAGCUCGAGGAGCAGGCCCACCCCGACCACGAGGCGGCUCUGCCGCAACCCAAGAGAAGAAAGCAGACCGUUGCCGAGAUGGCUGCUUACGAAGCCUUUGCCGCCACCCAAGAACGGUACAUGUUGGCCGAAGACGAGCGUCUUAGUGCGGACGCCUCGGGCGGCCAGGACGUGGCUACCGGCGGCGAUGGCGACCUGCAGAGUGGCUCUGCGGCCUUUGAGCCUCGCUUCGAGCGCUUCAAGCUGAUUGAACAGAUCAAGCGUGAACACCAAGAACGUAAGGAGAUUGAGAAGGCGAAGCAGGCCGAGCGGGAGCGCCAGCUGGCCAUCCAGCGUGCCGAGCAGCAAGCGGCCGCCGUGCAGCAGGCUGCUCUUCGGGAACAGCAGAUCCGCGAGCAGCGCGAGCAGGAGCGGCUACGGCAGCAGCAGCAGGCCCAGGCACAAGCGCAGGCGGCGCGCGAGGCGGCUGCACGCGAACAGCAGACGCAGCGCCAGGAGGCCCAGCGGAGGAAGCAAGCUGCACAGGCCGCUGCCAAGCAGCAGGCCCAGCAGAACCAGCAGGCCCAGGCACAAGCACAAGCUCAGGCCCAGGCGGCGCAAGCGGCCCAGGCGCAACAGCAAGCCCAGGCCCAGGCUCAUGCCGCGCAGCAAGCCCAGGCGGCGCAAGCCGCAAGGGCCCAGGCACAGGGCAUGCAGAACCAGCAGCCCCAGACACCAGGCCAGCCAAACGCCGCCGCGGCGGCUCAAAAGGCCGCGCAAAACGCUGCCGCUGCGGCCGCCAUGGGCCAGGGCCAGAACGGCCUUGUCAAUGGGUUCCCCAAUGGUCUUCCCAACGGCAUGACGCCGCAGCAAGCUGCCCAGUUCCAGGCCCGUAUGCAGAUGGCUGCCCAGCAGGGCGUCGCGUCGUCGCCGGUCCCGCGCAACGGCACGCCCCAGAACAUGUCGUCGCCCAUGGUGGGCACCGUCCCCAUGCAGGCGUCGACGUCGAGCAUCGCAGGCAGCCCGCCCCGGCCACCGUCGGUCGCGCAGAGCCACGCGCCCAUGGCCGCGCCCAUGUCGGUCACCAUGUCGGCCCGAGGCAGCCAGCAGAGCCACCCGUCCAACACGCCCCGGAUGCCAAAUGCGACGCCCAACAUGCAGCAACAGGUUGCAACCCCGAUCAACCGGCCGCAGCAGAUGGCCACACCCCGCAUGGCUGCGCAGGCCAGCCCGACGCCGAAUAUGAUGACGCCGCAGCAGGCACAGUUCCUCAUGCAGCAGAACAUGAACGCGGCGGGGAUGGGCACGCCGCAGAUGGCGAACAACAGCAUGGCCGCGGCCCAGCGGAUGCAAGCACAGCAGCGAAUGCAACAGGCCAUCCAGAACGGCAUGGCGACGCCGCAGCAGCAGGCCCAGUUCCUGAACCAGCAGCGCGUGGCUGCGGCGGCGCAGGUGCAGAUGCGCGCUGCCGCGAUGGGCAUCCAGGGCACACCCCAGCAGCAGGCGAUGAUGCUGCAGAUGAUGGCCCAGCAGCAGGCGGCGCUGCAAGCCCAGCAGGCGGGUUUAAACCCGCAACAGCAGCAGCAGCUCCAGCGGCAGAUUAUGCAACAGCAGAUGCAGCAACACCAGGCACAACAGCAACAGGCGCAGCAACAACAACAGCAGCAGCAGCAGCAGCAGCAGCAGCAACAACAGCAGCAACAACAACAACAACAACAACAACAACAACAAGCCCAGCAGCAACAGCAACAGAACCAGAUGAACGCCCUGUUGCAGCGGCAACAGCAGUCGCUCAAUGGCGGCCAGAACCUGUCGAUGGCGCAGGCGAACAGCAUGAACCUGUCGCCUCAGCAGCUGAACCAGGCGCAGCAGGUGCAGCAGCAGCGGACGCACCAGCAGUCGCAGCAGGCCAACCUGAUUCUGCAGCACAGGAACCGCAUCUACAACAACAAUCUGGGCAACCUGGCGCAGCGGUUUGGCGGCGAGAAGAACAUCCCGCCCGAGGAGCUGGCGAACUUCCAGAAGAUGUGUCUCCAGCAGGCGCAGCAGCUCGUGAGCCAAAUGCUGAACCAGCGGCGCCAGCAGGUGGCCGGUUUGAUGCAAGCCCAGCAGGCGCAGCAGGCCCAGCAACAGCAGCAGCAGAUGCAGGCGGGCAUGCAGGGGAUGCAGGGGAUGCCGCAAGGCAUGCCGCAGGGGAUGCCGCAGGGGAUGCCGCAAGGGAUGCCUCAGGGGAUGCCACAAGGUAUGCCGCAGGGCAUGCCGCAGGGUCUGGGCCAAGGCUUGCCGCAGGGAAUGCAGGGCCUCCCGCAAGGCAUGGCGCAAGGCAUGCCGCAGGGCAUGAAUCCGGGGGCGGGCAUGAACCCUGGCAUGAACGGACUGGGCGGCAUGAUGCCGCAGGGGAUGCAGCAGUAG